CAGGGCAAGAAGGCUCCUGUCCAAGCCCAUCAAAUUCUUCAAUGAAAUGCAAGAACUAUUCCUUAACAGCAGUGCUGAUGGUUCUCUUGCCAUGGACGCCAACACUUGUAUCAAUGAGACACAAGCUGAUGAAGAUAAUGAUUAUGAUGAUGACAUAUGCAAUGACUUGUCCAGCUAUGCUCCGCCUGAAGAUAAUCUAGGUGAUGAUUCAGACACUUUAUCUUCUCCUAUAAGUGGCCAGCCCAGCAUGGCAUCCCAAGUGGCUGAGCAUAGCUCAUCUAGCUUGGGAGUCAAGCGUCUAAGAAGUGAGGGAAAAGCACACAAGAGAGAUGUGAGACCAAAGAGCCGCAUGUCUAGGGUAGGAGAUGCAAUCACAACUACUUUAGUGGAACUUCAAAAUGACAUUAAGAAGCCACCACCACCUCCACCACCUAUGCGCAGCUCUGAUGAUAUAUUAUGGCAAAGACUUGAGAACAUGACUUUAACUACUGACCAAAAGCUGAUGGUAGGAACAUUUCUAGCAUCCAAAGAACAAAAUGGGAUGGGUAGUGUCUUAUCAGGCUCAUCCGAGGUAACAUUUCAGUCAUGGGUUUUCAAGUUUCUUAAUGAUUCGGGGAUGUGA